AUGUCUCAUCUACCUGAUCCGUCGCAGCCUACCAUCAAGCAAGCCUCAGACACUGACGUGCCCGUCAUACUGUCGAUGAUCCGCGAGCUGGCUAGCUACGAAAACGCCCUAGACAAGGUCGAAGCCACCGAAGAAUCCCUGCGCCGCACCCUCACGUUCGGCUUCUCCCUUGGCCACACCAACUCCACCGGCUACGCACGCACCCUCAUCCUCCGACUCCCCAACAAACCCGAGCUCACCCGGUUCCCUGAUGACGAGCCGGGAAAGGUGGUGGGCAUGGCACUGUACUUCAACAAUUACAGCACCUGGCGCUCGAAGCCUGGCGUGUACCUCGAAGACUUGUUCGUGCGGCCAGAAUAUCGCAAGCGUGGCUACGGCAAGAUGCUGCUUCAAGAGCUGGCGAGGGAGGUGCUCAAGAUGGACGGGGGAAGAUUGGAGUGGAGCUGUCUGAAGUGGAACGAGCCGAGUCUACAAUUCUACCGCAGCCUGGGCGCCACCGAGAUGGUGGAUUGGGUGCAGCUGCGGAUGGAAGGAGAUGCGCUGGAGAAAUUGGCGCUGGGAAUGAUGACAGGCCAGGUGCAACAAGCCAAUGGGCAGUAG